AAGAACAAGAAGAGGAGGAGGAGGAAGCUGAGGUUGGAUAUUUCCUCUUCUCCAGUUCUUCAAGUAAAAAUCUGCGCAUCACAAGGCUGUGAAAGUUUCCAGGAGUUGACAGGAUGUCUGUGACCGUGGCAAAAGCAAACGGGGUCACCGUCUUCACGUUGACCUCUGACCCCAACAGUGCUUGUCCUCCACUGUGUCAGAUCCUCAAGGGUCUCUGCUACAGCCCUGUGUGCUGCUCUGUGUCUCAGCCCCUUCGGAGGCUCCAGGGAACGUCUCAGUCAGUCCUGGGGGCUUUGCAGAUCAUGAUUGGAGCACUUCACAUCGGGCUUGGAGCCAUCCUCUGCUCUCAAGGUGAAUACUUGACCUUUAGAAUGCAAUAUACCGGGUAUCCGUUUUGGCUCGGAGCACUGUUCAUUUUCUUUGGAAUCAUGUGCAUUUUAUCCGAGAAGUUCCCCAGUCCAUGUCUGGUCAUUGCCAAUGUGAUUCUGAACCUGGCAGGAGUUGCUUUUGCCAUUACAUCCAUUGUCCUGUACAGCAUCAACACUGGCAACUCUGAUUACUACUUGGACGACAAUCGAUUUCCGUUCCUGACCUGCCCUGCCUGCCACCUGGAGAUCCACCUGCCCGCCUGUUUGACCACGUCUUCCUGUCUGAGCCCCCGGUAACCGACUAGCCCCUGUCUGACCACGUCUCUCCGCCUGACCCCCGGAUACUGACCUGCCUUCUGUCCUCCGACCUCCUCUCCUGCCUGCUCCCUUCUGGUCUCGUUUGGAUCUCCUGGUUUCUGACCCAUCGCCUGUCUCUGGUUCACCUGUUGUC